AUUCUUUCUCUUUUGGGUUGUAUGGUUAAGCUUUUUCCGAUCAGUAUAGGUAGGGAUUUUUUGUAAAGCAGGUUCAUACUCCCCUAUUCAUGAGAAUACUCUUUUAUCCCCAUGGUUCAUUAUUUUUGUAGGAUCAUGGAGUUGUAUUCUAUCUUCUCUUAAUGAAAUUCUUAAUGAUUGAGAAAAAAGAAGAAGAAGCACAUUUCAACCUUUUAAACUUGUGAAAAUUAAAAACUUGAUUACGAGUAUUAUUUUAUAUCUCUAAUCCAUUUUAGGUGAGUAAAAAUGGGGCAAAAUAUCUCUACAAGAAUGAUAAUAAAAGACAUUUUUGUUAUUUUAUCAUUUAUUAUUCUAAAAUUAUUCUCAUUAAUUAAAUAUUGAAAUAAUGUUACAAUGAGAAUUUCAUUUCAUGAACUAAAUAAUAUAAUAAUUAUUUUAUUCUUACUUUAUUCUAUACACACUUAACAACUAUAUGUUUUCUUCUCUUUUUAUAACCCUUUCAAUUUUUUAUACCCAACCAAUGAAAUUAAUUGUGCAAGAAAAACAAAAAGAAAGAAAAUUCCGUUUUGCAUUAGAAAAAAUAGAUUGCAAACGUAAGAGAUUACUUGACAUUUUCAAAACAGAAUCUAAACGAGUCAAUUAUUGAAUAUAAAUUCAAUUAAAAUUAAAUUCAAACACAUUUUAGUUCGAUCUAUAUUUUUUCAUUUUUUUUUAAAUUUUUUGGAUCUAUACUAAGUAAAAACAUGAAGCAUUCUUCAAGCUAGCUAUAGAAAAUACUACUACUAAAUAUUUUAAUUCAAGAUAAGUUUUGCUUUCCUUUCUUUUUAAUUAAUUCUCAUUUAGAUUUAAUAUUAUACUCGAGAGUUAAGAUUUUAUUUGUUGUCAUGCCCAUUAGUCUUAAGUAUUUAUAUUAUUUUUUUAAUUUUUUUAUAUUGUUGAUAUUUUACUCAAUAAUAAACAUAUGUAUCUUUGAUUUAAAAAAUCGAGAUCUAAUCUUCUUUCUCAAAACUUAAUAUAUUAUAUACACGUAUUUUUUUUGUGUCUUUUUAUGGGUAUCCAUAAUAUUGUAAUGGCUGGUAUUUGAGAAGUACUCAGGGUUAUUUUGAUGUUGUCCCAUGGGUUUUAUGAGUAUUUUCGGAUAAGCUUCAACGGUAGGUAAAGGUCUUUUUCCAUGGCUUUUGUGGAUGGUGAUGAACACGAGGGCAAAGUCAUUGACUAUGGUCAAAGGACUUUUAGGCUGUGUUCACAUGAAUGAUUAAAGUAAAGUGAAGCAAGAUUUCUCCUUGAUUACACCACAACUAUCAAUCCAGAUUCGGACUUGCUCCUUUCCCCUUCACCACUUCCCACAUGGGAAAUCCUUCACAAUUUCUUUCAGGUUGCUUCGAAGUCUUUACGAAAGCAGCAGGCAAUAGAAAAUCAGAAAAGAGUAAGGGAAAACACGAUUGGAUUCAAUAUCCAGUAGCUAUUCCUGAGGAAAUUUGCCGUCAAUUUUCUCUACCCAAGAUCAGAGCUGCUACCAACAACUUUCAUCCAAACUUGUUACUCAGUGAAAGUGAGUUUGGAAGUGUGUACAAAGGGAUUGUCGAUGAUGGAACCUUGGUUGCUGUUAAACGCCUCAGAUCAGAUGCAGUAUUUACAAUCAAGUUGUUCCGAACCGAAGUGCAGUUGCUCUGCCAGCUUUGCCACCAGCAUCUCGUGUCUCUUAUCGGGUAUUGCAAUGAUAAGGACGAGAAGAUCGUUGUAUACGAACUCAAGAAAAACGGGUCACUCCGUGAUCAUCUCUAUGGUUGUGGUUAUGAUCCACUCCCAUGGAAGCAGAGGUUAGAGAUAUGUAUUGGUGCAGCUCGUGGAUUACAUUACCUUCAUACUGGAGCGAAGCGUGUCGUAAUUCACCAUGACGUCAAGAGCAGCAGUAUUCUUUUGGACGAUAAAUGGGUUAGUAAGUUUUCUGCUCUCGGGUUGUCCAAGAUCCGUUCACAAUCUUCAUAUAACAAGGCAAAAGCUUUGGAAAAAUCAGAGCCAGGACUGAAGGGUACUUUAGGUUAUAUGGAUCCAGAGUACUUUAGGGAUUCGGAAAUUUCAGAAAAAUCUGAUGUGUACUCAUUUGGGGUUGUUUUAUUUGAAGUGUUGUGCGCUAGACCACCAGCCUUUAAUCUAAUCCACAAUAGGUGUUUAGUAUGUCUAAUUGAUUGGGUCCAUCACUACAUAGGCGAAGGAACCAUUCAUAAUAUCAUUGAUCCAUAUUUGAAGGGGAAGAUAGCUCCAGAGUGUUUCAAGUUAUUCGUGGACAUCGCUCUUUGCUGUAUUAGUGAAAAGAGAGAUAAACGGCCUGAGAUAGGUGAAGUGGAGCUCAUGCUAGAGCUUGCAUUGGAGAUGCAAGAGAAAGCAGAUUCGGAAAUGAAGGAUCUUGAUCCUCAUGGUGAAUGUAUGUACGGAGAAAUAUCAUUUCCUAUCUCUGUUUCUGACCAUAUCGGUGUAGACGAUGGCAAUAGUUCAGAAUUUACUUGGAGAGAUGAAAAACACCCAAGGAUACAUCAUCUAACAGCUUUUUCUCAGGAAAUUCACCGUCAACUUUCUCUAACCCAGAUCAAAGUUGCUACCAACAACUUUCAUCCAAACAUGCUUAUCGGUAGAGGUAGCUCUGGAAAUGUGUACAAAGGGUUUAUCGAUGAUGGAAACUUGGUUGCUGUUAAACGCUUAAAUCCAGAUGCAGCACAAGCAUUUAAUAAGUUCCAAACCGAAUUGCAAUUGCUCUGCCAGCUGCGCCAUCCACAUCUCGUGUCUCUUUUUGGGAUUUGCAAUGAUAAAGAUAAAGAUGAGAUGAUCCUUGUAUCCGAACUUGUGAAAAACGGGACACUCAGUGAUCAUCUUUAUGGUUCUGAGUAUGAUCCACUCCCAUGGAAGCAGCGGCUAAAGAUAUGUAUUGAUGCAGCUCGUGGAUUACAUUACCUUCAUACUAGCGUAAAGCCAGCAAUAAUUCACGGUGAUGUUAAGAGCAGCAAUAUUCUAUUGGACUAUAAAUGGGCUGGUAAGCUGUCUGAUUUCGGGUUGUCCAAGAUGUGUUCACAACUUUCAUACUCUAGCACUUCAAAAGCUUUAGAAAAAGUAAACUCAGUAGUGAAGGGUAGUAACGGUUGUUUGGAUCCAGAGUAUCUUAAAGAUAGUGGACUUUCAAAAGAAUGUGAUGUGCACUCGUUUGGGCUUGUUUUAUUUGAAGUGUUGUGUGCUAGAAAGGUAUUUGAUCCAACAUUGGACGAGGAUGAACGACAUCUAGCUGAUUGGGUCCGUCGGUGCAUAGACAGAGGAACCAUUUAUAACAUCAUUGAUCCAUAUCUGAAGGGGAAGAUAGCUCCAACGUGUUUUAAGAUAUUCAUGGAUCUUGCUCAUUGUUGUACCAGUUUGGAGGGAAAUACCUGGCCUGAGAUGGAUGAAGUGACGCUCAUGCUAAAGCUUGCAUUGGAGAUGCAGGAGAAAGCAGACUCCCAAAUGAAAAAUCUUGAUCCUCACGGUGAUUGUAUGUAUGGAGAAAUAUCAUUUUCAUAUCCCCGUUCCUAAUCCUAAUUUACACGUGGAGAGUAACAGUUUGAAACUGGGGCAGGCAACUUGGAUUCCAGCAGUAAAUCACUUGGAUCUUUAGUAAAUACCACUUCUACAAAACAAAAAAGAAGAAGAAAAUUGUGGCCAUUUUUUGGCUUUGUGAAUGAAGUGUGAGAAGAGGCCAAGGCAUGGAUUGAAGAGAAUAGUGUCUUUUCUUAUAUAGAAUAUGAUGGCUUUUGUUUUGAUUUGCAUGGAAAUUGCUCCCAUUUUUUCUCAAUGGAUGCCUCAAAAUUUCCUAUAAAUGUUAGGAUUCAGGCUCACUUUCAUUCACCAAGGUGUUCAUAACUAAUUAAUUUUUUUUUUUUUUGUAAUUUAUUCUAAAUAGAAUGGUCUGAACCUUUUAAACCUACUCGUGAAAUAAAGA